UUUAUACCUCAAGAAUUAUUAAAAAAAAAAAAAGAUGAAUCGUAUGUCAUUGACAAAGAAAGAAUCAUUGCCUCCUAUAGUGGAUGAAUCAUCCAUCCUUCUACUUGGAAGAGGACAAGAUAUAAAUGAAGCCAUCGAUGAUAAAAAUGAAGCUGUUUUACUUUCUCCAGGUAUUGAAGUUACAGGUUAUGAAUUACCAGAUUCCAUGUUGGUACCAUUUGUUGUACGGGAAGAAGAAAUAGUUCAGGUGAUACAAAGAAAUCCUGGAUUUAUCACUCAGGUACAACAACAAGUGGAUGAUCAUACUUUUACUAGAUUCAAAUCCACUCUUUUUGCUCCUCGACAUGACAUCAAUGAUCAUGAUUGGUUAUUACGCAUAGAAAAUUUACUCUCCAAACUCUCCACUCCUAUCUGGGAAAACUUUCAAGCCCUUGUGGAUCAUUUUCCUACAUCAACUAGUUCUACAACAGAUGAAAGUGAUCAUCAAAGUAGUCCUAAAAGUCCAAUGCCUAUAUCAACUACACCCCUAUCGACACCAACCUUGUUAUCAGCUCGUCCUCCAUUAUUAGCGCAAUUAAAGGAACAACGAUAUGAUAGAGGAUCAUCCACUUCCACUGCAACUUCAGGUGCUUCCUCUUUCAGAUAUUUAUAUGAUGAUCAUGGUUACUUUUUCGAUCCUCGGAUUAGAAAGAGUAAGACCUGGAUGACGGAUUUUGAACCACUGUUGAAUGAAUGUAAGACUGUCAUGAAAUCGGAUGAUUAUCGACUUUUUGUACAUUGGCUCUUUGUAUCCCCUUCUCAUAUCACUGAUGAUCAUUGGGAAUCAGCUUUAUAUGAGUGUUUAAAUCAGUAUCCUAUGUUAUUUUUAAAGUUAAAGGAUUGGAUUGAUCAAAAGAUAGAAGAAUAAAAAGAUUAUGCGGUACUUAAAAUGUAGUCCAAAAUCAGGGCGACUGUCCAGUCACGGUU